AUGGAUAACUUAAGGUCUGAUUUAAUAAGAGAAAUUUUAGAAUAUCUUGAUCCCCAUUCCAUGAUGCAGGUUGCUUGGACCUGCAGUAGACUACACCAAAUGGUAUGAUUACAGACUCCAAAACCUUAUCCCCGAUGUCAUUCAGGCCCCUAUUACUUUUUCAAUAUUCCUGAACUUUGUGCAAAACUCUAUACAAAAAUGAAUUUCGCUGGGAAAAGAAACCAAUUUUAUUCGGACUGUGUUCAUGCUUUAAACAAUUUGAGACCAAUUAUAAAGAAAGGUAUAAUUAGUUCAAGCCAAGGCCAAGACGACCAAGGAAUUGAAAAUACUUUGAAUUACGAAGAAGACAGAAAUAUGCGCUUCUGAAGUUCAGCAGGAUCAGAAACAACUGAUGCUAAUGAAUUUUUAAUUUAUGAGCUUAUAGACACCUCUAUUGUAGCUUCAGUUCAUUUUAUGUUCAAUUUUGAAGCAUUACAAUAUUCGUUAUAUGAUGAGGCUGUUCAAUAUCCGCCUCAAAAAAUUCAGAUAAAGAUAGGAAAUAGUGAUAGUAAUUAUCAUUAUUCAUCAGAAAUAUAUGAUGUAAAACCGAAAUCUUCAUAUUUAACUGUGUUGGUUUUGCCUGAACUUGUAAUUGGUAAAUAUAUUAAGUUGGAGUUAAUUGGAAAGGUAGGCUGUCUAUUUAAAGCUCAAAAAUAUUUUACAGUGUUAAGCUAUGUUCUAUGUAUUGGGUAUCCCUUGAAGAGUUUUCCUGAGGAAAGCCCAUUAAAAGCUUUAAGCACUACAAGUGAAGAAAUAGCAGAUAUCAGCAAAAUCGAUUCUGAAUAUAUAAGCACUUAUGCAAUGCGAAAGCCUGCAGAUCCUUUUAUUGCUUAUAAGCUUAUGGAAAAGAACUUACUUUAUCAGUUUAUUGAUGAAGCAAUAAAAGGAAGAAUAUUAAAUACAGUUGAAAGCUACUUUUAUGUUAAAAAAGCUAUAGAAAAUAAAGCAAAAUUUGAUAUCGAUAAAAUAAACCCCAAUACACUUACAGCAUAUUUAUUAGAUGAAAAUGGCUUUUCUCAAGAAGCUUACUCUCUAUGGUUCAAAAUAAUGUUGUGGUGCUAUCCUUAA